UAUCGGAUGAACUUGCAAAAAUAGUUGGAAAAAGAAAAAUUAAAUUUCUAGACCCUUCAAAUUCCAGGGAUGGGUGAGCUAUAAAUAACAACCAAUUGAUCAUUCAGAUGAAAUCAAGAGUCAAUUGUUAUCUGAUGGAGGAGAUGCAUCGUCUCCACAUCGAUGAUUUCUACUUCUCUGCUCUAUAUGAUGAGGAAGAGAUAUUUCUGAUAUCGGACGAAAAGUAUGCACUGGAAUUGCAGCUCCAAGAAGUACUCAUGAGCUCAUUGAUUGUUUCAUCGCAGAGCAAUGCGACUAUCCAAUUUCCUAUCGCGGGAAUCGCUAGCUCUGGAAAUUCAGAAGCCGGCGAAUGUUCUCGGGUUUUUUGCCGUAUUUGUAUGGACGAGAAAUCUCUGAAGGAGAUGUUCAAAGGCUUGUGUUGCACUCACUCGUUCUGCAUGGAAUGCAUGGGGCAGUAUGUAGCGUCGAAGAUUAAGGAGAACGAGCCGACCGUCACCUGUCCCGACUUGAAAUGCAAGAGCGUCCUCGAACCUCAUGCUUGCCGCUCGAUACUUCCACGGGAAGUGCUUGAUAGAUGGGAAAAUGUGCUGUGCGAGUCGCUGAUUCUCGGGUCUCAGAAGUUCUAUUGCCCUUUUAAGGAUUGUUCGGCAAUGUUGGUGGACGAUGGAGGCGAAGUCGUGACACGGUCAGAGUGUCCGAUUUGCCGGAGAUUGUUCUGCGCGCGGUGCAAGGUCUCGUGGCAUGAGGGAUUGGAGUGUGAGGAGUUCCAGAUGACGAAGAGAGGAGUGAGAGAGAGAGAUUUGGACAAGAUGAUGACGGAACUUGCCGAGAGCCAAAGAUGGAGGAAAUGUCCCAACUGCAAGUUCUAUGUGGAAAAGGUUGAUGGCUGUCUGCACAUCUCUUGCAGGUGUGGACAUCAAUUUUGUUAUGGUUGUGGAAGCCACUGGGGAAGAAUUCAUUCCUGCAUUUCCUGAAUUUGGCUAACGUCUGUUUCGAAACUUUUCUUUUUUUUUUCGAAAGUUUAAUGCAUAGGAAAAUUGUAAUCUCUCCUUAAUUAGCCGCUUAAACAAGUACC